AAAAUAACUACAUACAGUACAUGUACAUGACUGUACUGGAAUAUUUUGGAAGACUCUUAUUUGCCCAUCGAUCAUCAUACUUUUGAGGGUUUCGUCGUCCUCAACUCUCAAGGCUGAGUUUGUGUCAUUUUUUCAAUCUUCGUUUCACCCUGGUCCUUGCUGUCCGGCCUCUUCUCCGCGUUCAACUAUUUUCAAGUGCUUUGCGCAAGCUCACGGACUUCCCUUCGCUGGCUUCAAUCAGGCUGAAUUGAGUGAGCGCCUGCUGGUCGUUUUGGACCCUUGCUCGUCGUCGUCUUCUGCGUUCGCGUGGAUCACCCCCAUUGAGGGCUAGCUAUUCUGACGCACGCUCAACCAAUAUCAGCGAAUAGCAACAAGCAUGGGUAACUCAGGUAGCAAGAAGAAGAAGGACGGAGCAGCAGAGCAGCCGAAAGAGGCAGCAGAAGGAGAGGCUGCUGCGGCCCCCGCUCCGGAGGGAGCUGCCACUGCCAGCGAGGGUGCUGCCACGUCUGAUCCGCCCGCAGCAGCCGAGGCAGCCAGUGAUGAGAAAAAGCCUGACGACGAGCCAGCAGCAGCAGCAGCUGAAGAGUCGACGAAAGCAGAAGAAGGCUCUGGAGAAGCUGCAACUAGUGAACCGAAGGAGACCGACGCUGCCCCCGAAGAACCAGUAGCGGAGCCAGAACCAGCAGCAGAAGAAACUCCUGCCCCUGCUAGUGAAGAGCCUGCGCCAGAAGAGCCCGAAACUGCUGCUGCCGAGGAGGCACCAGCAGCCGAGGAGGCACCAGCAGCCGAAGAGGCACCAGCAGCCGAAGAGGCACCAGCAGCCGAGGAGGCACCAGCAGCCGAGGAGGCACCAGCAGCUGAGGAUGCCCCGGCAGCAGAAGAAGGAGAAGAGGACGCCACAGAUGGUGCUAUGCCAUCCAAGGAGAUUGACCCGCCGGAGGAGGCCAAUGAGGACACUGACGUUACUCUGACCUGGACACACGGCGGCGAUGAGGUCAAGGUUGCUGGUAGCUGGGAUGACUGGGUGCAGCACGACAUGGAGAAGGGUGAUGACGCUUUCUCCUACGUAGUCAAGGUGGAGUCCGGCGAGAAGUACACAUACAAGUUCGUCGUGGAUGGUGACUGGAAAGUCGAUGAGGACAAGCCGUCGGGUGAGGAAAAUGGCCAGACCAACAACAUUCUCACUGUGGAAUGAGAGAGCUGCACAUUGUCUUAGGAAUCAGCAAGUGCAUUGAAUGAGGAGUUCUCCACUGCUCGCCGAUGCUGCAGCACCAGCUCCAUGGUCACACGCUGGGCAUCACUUCCCUUCGGAAGGGCGGUAGCGGCGGCGGUGGUGGUGGUGGUGGUCCCGUUCCUCGUACCCUAUUAGCGUUGACAGCCGAUGGAGAAAUUAGAUUUCCUCAUUACUUAGCAACGAUUUUCCCUUGCCACUGAGUACAUUGCAUAGUAAACCAUUGGCCUGUCGGGUAAGAAUGGCGCUAUCCCUGCGUCAAAAAAUCCCAAAUCACUAUAAAAAUAAUUUGCUUCAGGAAUCAUGAAUCUGGAUUUCAAGACGGCCUCGCUCUUCUCUCAUUUCAUUUUCAUCUUUGAUCAGUUUCUUUUCGGGCAGUCCUUCAUUUCCCCGUUGCUUCCCUAUAAUUCCGUACUUCAUUCCGAACUGCGUGAAAUCGAUGCAGGAAAGCCCCAGGUAUUUGUUUUGUCUGGAAAUGAUAGAUUAGCAGUAGCGAUCGUA